GGUCCAACGUUCAAACUCAUCAUGUUUAACUUCAUUAAAAAGUCCGCCGUAUUAACCGGUGACUCUGGUGGUUAUGAGGAAAGAGAUGGCGAAAAAGAAAGAAGAAAAAAGGAGAAGAAGGAGAGAAAGGAGAGAGAGAAAAGGGAGCGAAUAGCUGCCGGUCUCGAGGAACCACUUAGACUGGAAGAGGUUCGAAGAUCUCUGAAAUUAAGAGGACGGCGUAAAGAAAAAGAAAAACUUCCUUCCGGUAUUACGGCAGACUAUACCGCCUCACUCUUCGCACAUCUCGAGCAGGAUUCCAAUUAUUCCAACUAUCCGCUCAUCUCUACCUCGGGGUCUAAUUCCAAUUUAAGUGAUGAAAAUAAUCACUUAUCGCCAGGGUAUCCAUCUCACGGUUGGACAAAGAAAGAAGGAGUAUUACAAUCUGAUAGUUCAGAGACAUCUCUGAAUUCUUUAAACAAUCCUAACAAUAUAAAUAGUAGUCCUCGUCAAGCACCAAAUCUACCUCCAAUACCACCGCGUCCACCAAAACGUGGAAUUCUAAAAGGUACUCGUUUAAGUAAUACUAGUUCUAACUCUCAAGAAAGCAAUGUCCAAAGCUCUGAUACGGUCGACUAUAUCAAUGGUCAAGAUCCAAACGUACUUGCUCGGAAUACUCAACAAAAUGAAGUCAUCUCUUACGGGAUUCCACCUUCAAAAAGCACUUCCUCGAGUGAUGAUAUGCAACACGUACAAAAUUUCACCAAAAAAGUCAUUCAUAGUCCCGUCGAAAAUCAGUACAAAAAUUAUAAAAAUAAUACAAAUUCAUCGAUAAAAACACAAGAUGUUGAUGAGACGCCAAAGACAAAUGGAAAUAGUUAUCUAGGUGUUACCUCUACGUCACCUAGUGCCGAUUCUUUAACGGAUACAACAACAAACUCCUCAUUUGCUACUCCUCCAUUUUCUACCUCUCCUGUUGGUGAAUCUCAAGGUUUUCAUAGGUGGUCCAGAACUAGCACUUUUGACGACGUUUAUUUGCCGUUGCCUUCUCUAAUGCCUCUUCAUCUACCCAAACCUAGAGUAUUGACUAUUCAACGUCAAAAGGCUCCUAGAAACGAUUUCGGAUUCAGUCUUCGCAGAGCUAUGAUUCAAGAAAGAGUUUUCAUUGGUGAUAUGAAAGAAUUAAUUGGACACGAAGAAAAUAGAAUACCCAACGGUGAUAACAAAUACGUUGGUAAUAAUGUCAUUAGCAAAUUAACUUACAAGGCCGUGAUUUUGGCUGAGCCAGGUUCGUAUCCAGGAGCCAGCGAAACUGGACUAUUACCAGGAGAUAGACUUAUCGAAGUUAACGGAGAUAAUGUUGACGGAAAAAGUAGAGAAGAAGUAAUAGAUCUCAUCAAGAGUAGUCAAGACUCUGUGACUGUUAAGGUGCAACCAAUAGCAGAGCUAUCCGAACUAUCUCGAAGACGCGCUGCAGAUGGAGGAGUCGAAGUGGAACUAUCUGACAGCAAUGUUAGGGGCGGAACGCUGAGCCGGUCUGGGAGUAGGCGGUUCACCAGCACUCAGGCGAAAACCGAGGAACAAUUAGCCUGUGAAAAAGAAUGGCUCCAAGCUGGUCAUAUGUGGCUUGCACACCGAGGUGGUUUCACCGCGGUGGUGAGGGAAGGAGACGCAGACGCAGGCAGGGCCAAGGUUCGAGUCCUCCAGACCGGAGAAGUGAUCACCGUCGAUGAAGAUGAUCUUGAAAAGGCUAAUCCUCCUCAACUGGAGCGUUGCGAAGACAUCGCUUCACUGCGCUGUCUGAACGAGUGCGGCGCUCUGCACGUUCUGCGGUCGCGCUAUGCGGCCGCUUUGCCUCACGUGCGUGCUGGUCAUGCGCUCCUGGUACUUGGACCGCCUAAGCGUACCACACCGGUCUAUACGGAAAAGGUGGCGGCCAUGUUCCGAGGCUGCCGCGCUGACGAUAUGCCACCUCAUAUUUUCGCCGCAGCUCAGUCAGCUCAUCGUUGCAUGUUGGCUUCCAGACGUGAUCGUGCUAUUGUGUUUCUAGGAAGGUCCGGUUCCGGCAAAACUUCAGCUAUGCGGCACUGCGUCUGGUACUUAGCUAGCGCGUACCCGGCGCAGGGCUCCAAGCUAACGCCUGAACGAUUGGACGCGGCUUUGGACGUCCUGCAUUUGUUUGGGUCUAGUCGGACGGGUUCAAACCCUCACGCUUCGAGAUUCGUUUCUUUAACGUCGCUGGACUUCGACGGAGGCGGUGCUCUGGUAUCAUCAUCCGUUCAGAUUCUUCUGCCAGAUCUAAAACCAGAUCAAACAUCGCUGAGAGCAUUACAUACGCUGUUCCAUGGCUGCGAUGGUCGUCUUCGCCGUGAGUUGCUCCUCGACCAAGCUCCAGUGAAUGCUCCGAACCCAUACGUCAGUUCUGUCGAAAAAGCGGACGCGCCAGCCGAAUUCUCGGCUUUGAAGGAAGCCAUGCAAUUCCUGGCCGUAACCGAACAGGAACAAAUGGCUAUAUGGAAGAUUCUAGCUGCUAUCUGUCAUUUGGGAUGGGCUGGUGUUGUUCGAGCGACCGCGGGCUCGGGCGCGAGGUACCAGUUCGCGAGCACGGGCAGCGCGGCGCGCGCGGCGCGGCUGCUGGGCGUGGGCGCGGACGAGCUGGCGCGCGCCGCGCUCGCGCCCGCGCACCCGCCCGCCUCGCCGCAGCCCGCCGCCAGAACUCCAUCACCGUCUAAUGAAAAAGAGGCACCUGGAUCGGACGCCCUCGACGCUUUCGUUGCAGGACUUUACAGCGAAACGUUCAACAUUGUCUCCGGUUUAGUAAAUAGGAGUCUGUCAACGUCUGCCAGAACGUCUGCGUCUAUCCUUCUUUUGGACAGCCCUGGAGCCGACAAUCCAAUGUGCGCGGGCCAGCAGAGCGGUGCGCCCCUAUCAAAACUGUUGUCCAACUACUUACAGGAGCGUCUUCAAGCAGUUUUUCACGAAGCAAUGUUAGUGGCGCCGCGAGAGCGCUACGCUCAAGAGGGAAUAACGCUCGAUGAUGGCUCUGAAGAAGAUUGGCUGUCGGAGACCGUCAACCCGGGACCUAUGGUAGAUUUGCUUGACAAAGCGCCGCAAAACACGAUUGUACGUAGCUCCCAAGCUGAUUUACGUGACUGCGAUCGUAGAGGACUUUUAUGGCUACUCGAUGAAGAGUCGAUGUACCCCGGCUCGUCGGACGACACGUUCCUGGAGCGCGUGCUAGCGCACUACGGCGCGCCGCACCACACGCAGUACCUCAUCAAGAAGGCGCCGCACAACCGGCAGUUCGUGCUGCAGCACCUACAGGGAACUAAUCCUGUGUUAUAUGACGUCACCGGUUGGGUGAAAGCGAGUCGAGAAAAUCCUGUUAUGAAGAGAGCUCACACACUCCUGCAGGAAAGCCAAAACGAGGAGCUGUGCCGCGCGAGCACGUGGGCGCGCGGCGUGGGCGGCGCGGGCGCGUGGGCGGGCGGCGCCGGCUCGUGGGCGGGCGCGGCCGACGCCUCCACGCUGCGCCGCGCCUCCUCCAUCCGCCGCACGCUCACCUCGGGCACGGCGGGCAUGAAGCGGCGCUCGACGGCGCUGCAGGCGAAGUUCGUGGCGGACGGCGUCGUGGACACGCUGCGGCGCUGCGGCGCGGGCGGCGUGCACUUCGUGUGCUGCGUGCUCGCGCGCCAGCCCGGCGAGCCCGCCGACGACGUCAACGUGCCGCUGCUGCGCUCUCAGUUCCGCGGAUUCCAAUUACUCGACGCGGCCAGAUUGUAUAAACAAGGAUUCCCUGAACAUAUGCCGCUCUCUGAGUUUGCUAGAAGGUAUCGCCUGUUGGCGACGUCAGAUAGUGAAGAUGCGGAUAAGCAACAAUCAGCUGCCAUGUCGGAUCGACAGGUCGUCGACGACAUGCUGCUAGCUCUGGAUCUGGACGUCACUAGCUACCGGCUCGGUUUGUCUCAGGUUAGUAAAAUUUAUUAUUUGGUUUACAGGAUUUGGCUUCGUUCUUCAUUACCUGGACUUCAUAUCCGUUUUGAAAAGAGACAAUUUUGUUUUUGAUAGCUUUUUGUCUGCAGUAAAAAAAAUUAAAGUGACCAAAUAAUCAAUCCGAUAAUACUGUAAAGGAAAUGUAAAUGUUGUGAAAUAUUGAAGGAAUUGAAUAAAAUACACAAUCAUAUGUUUUGAAAUUAUUAUAAUGAAAGAAAUAUAUUGAGACAAAAUUUUUAAA